UAGAAAUUCUACGAGAUUAAUAGGAUCCUUGAGUUGCCUUCUUUCUCUUAGUAUUAUUGAGAAAAAAAUGACAUAGAUGUACAAAUAUAUCUCUUAGAGUAUAUAUUACUAUGUCGCAUGCUUGGUUUAGAAUGUUGAUGGUUACAUGCAUUUCACAGUAAUUUAUCAUAAGUUAAUUUAAAAUUUUGUAUUUAAAAUGUAUCAGCCAUAUUCAACUUUAUGUUUGCAGUCAUUUCCAAAAGUGUGUAUUAGGAAAAGUUGUCAUCUUAAUGCAUGAAAUCAUGAAGUAGAAGUUUGUUUUCAAAAUCACAGUGAAUUACAUUGAACAAUAGACAAUAACCUAGCUGUCAUUCUCAGAAUGCAAUGUCAUGAAUGAAUUUUGAUUGAAAUGCUACUUUACUGAGGUUGUGUGAAAACAUUACAUUCCCAUCUGGUUUACACUUCAUGCACAUACAUCAUUUUAACAUUGAUAUGUCUCUUACACUGGCUUGCAGAUAGCUGCCUUAUGUGAUCCUUAUUGCCUGCUUUUCUUUGCAUAACAUUGUGAUUUUAUGGCUGUAUUAGUUCGAAUAAACGCCUUCUCAUUUUAUUUUAGCUAAUUAUUUAUGGUUAUAGUUCUUGCAUAUACUCUUUAAAUAGUUAAUUCUCAAAAAUAUAAUAAUUUAAUCUACAAUCAAAAGAAUCAGAAAGGGCGUUUAUUCCACUCUCUGCAAGUCAGGUAAGAUUUUCCACUUAGCCAUCAAAAGAACAAAGUUUUCCUGCUCCCAAAACAAAUAUGCACAGGAACAUGUUAUUUUGAAAUGCAUUUUUGCUUGUUCAAGAAGAAAUUUCAACAGUUUGAAGAAAAGACCAGACAACGAACGAUUUUCGUGUCAGAAUCUUUUAAACAGAGCAUGGUGUUGCGUUUAUUCGAACAAAUAUGAAUUAUUCUCCGAGGGGGAAUCUGAACAUUCAGAAAGGGAUACUCGUGAUGCCUUUUCAGAUUCUGAAGACAUAGACCACAGCUCCAUGGCUGCUAAAAGAUAUGCAAGUAGAAUAUCAUCUACAAGCUCCUGGCCUGAAUAUUUUAAGCCUUCUUUUACCCAAAAACUUAUGUUUAAAUAUGUUUUAGAGGGUGAACCAGUUGUUUUUACAUGUAGAUUAAUUGCCUGUCCAUCUCCAGAAAUGACUUGGUUUCAUAACAGUCGGCCCAUUCCAACAGGUCUUCGUCGGAUUAUAAAAGCUAAGAGUGAUUUACACCAUCACUCUUCCAGCUUAGAGAUUAAAAGGGUCCAAGAGAGAGAUUCUGGAAGUUAUAGGUUACUAGCAAUUAAUAGUGAAGGGUCUGCUGAAUCAACUGCAUCAUUGCUUGUUAUCCAAAAAGGACAAGAUGAGAAAUAUUUAGAAUUUCUGAAAAGAGCAGAACAGACACAUGAAAACGUGGAGGCUUUAGUUGAAAGGGGAGAAGACAGGAUAAAGGUUGACCUGAGGUUUACUGGCUCUCCCUUUAACAAAAAACAAGAUAUGGAGCAAAAGGGAAUGGUGAGAACUAUACAUUUUAAGACAAUGAGUUCUGCCAAGAAAACAGAUUACAUGUAUGAUGAAGAAUAUUUAGAAAGUAAAUCUGACAUAAGAGGAUGGCUUAAUGUAGGUGAAAGUUUUCUGGACAGGGAGACCCAAGUGAAGUUGCAACGUUUAAGGGAGGCUAGAAAAAUGUUAAUGGAGAAAAAGAAAUUAUCUCUUUUAGAUACGUCUUCUGAAAUAAGCUCAAGAACUUUGAGAAGAGAAGCUAGUGAUAAAGAUAUUCUGUUCUCUAGAGAGGACAUGAAAAUCAGAUCUAUGUCUGAUCUAGCUGAAAGUUAUAAGGUAAAUAAUUCAGCUGAGAGUAUUGUGCAAAAUCCACAUGGCCUUUCUAAUCAAAUGGAUCAAAAUAUAGAAUCUGAGGAACUUCCCACAAGCUUUCAAACUAUUGUUGAUGAAGAAAUUUUCCAGACUGAAAUAAGAAUGAGCCCAGAGUCACUGGUAAAAGAAAGUCUACCAAAAGACCAUUUAUAUGGUGAAAUUCUAGUAAAUGAAAAUACCCAAGCAAGAGGACAGCUGGAAGAAAUUAUGGCCAGUACUACAGUUGGAGAGUCACCCACAUAUAUCACUAAUGUAUGUGAGAAGGAGGAAGUAUGUGAGACUCCUGAAAAGGUGUCUCAAGCUUUUACACCACAUGCCAGCGAAUCUUUUGGUACACUUGUAAAUGUUGAAGAAAGUGAAGAAAUAGCUAGUGAAAGAAUAAGGAAGGAUGAUGUAAGAGAAUUACAACUCUCUGCUUCCACACAAAUCGAUGAAUCCAAAACCGAACAGAAAGAGGAAAACAUGAGAUUUUUUGAAAAUUCUUUUCGAAAACGACCACAACGUUGCCCACCUUCAUUUCUUCAAGAAAUUGAAUCUCAAGAAAUUUAUGAAGGUGACAGUUGUAAUUUCGUGUGCCAUUUUCAAGGAUAUCCUCAACCUAUCGUGACGUGGUAUAACAAUGACAUGCCAAUCCCACGUAAUCAAAACUUUAUCAUUCAUUCUUUGGAAAACUAUUCAAUAUUAACUCUUCUGUCUGUUCAUCAUCAGAAUGAAGGUUCUAUUACUUGUGUGCUAUUUAACCAAUAUGGAACAGUAAAAACAACCGGUAUGCUUAAAGUGAAAGCAAAACAAAAACAUGAUGUCAAAGCACAUGAAGUCCCAGUGUUCCAUGACUACUUUGAUGAGGAAGAAGAGCUAGCAUUGGUAUUUGAUCAAGCAAAAGGCGCCCACCCAUCUAUGAGUCAAGAGGGCCAAACAAAUCUUCAUGUGUUAAAAACUAACCCACCAGUCCCUCCCUCUGGAGAUACAGAAUUGCUUUCCUUUCCUGUAGAAAUCCAGGUAACAGCAGCUACACCUAUCCCAGAAGAGGAUAAAGAGAUGUUUCAAACUGAAGAGCUAGAACCUGAAGCAAUGCCUCAAGAUCAAGCUACUCAGUCACCAAAACACAAAUUUGUAUUUUUGUCUGAUGUUACUAAUGAGCCACCAAAAAUGUUACAAGAAAUGCCAAAGCAUGCCAGGUGUAGAGAAGGGGAUUCCAUCAUUCUUGAAUGUUUAAUAUCUGGUGAGCCCCAGCCAGUUGUAACAUGGUUUCAAAAUGGAGUCCUUUUAAAGCAGAACCAGAAGUUUCAGUUUGAAGAAGUUAACUGUAGCCACCGAUUAUAUAUUAAAGAUGUGAAUUCUCAAGAUUCUGGAAAAUAUAAAUGUCUUGCUGAAAACAAUUCAGGGACAGCUGAAAGUGUUUCAGAUCUAACAGUGGAGCCUGUCACUUAUAGGGAGAAUGGUCAAUUCGAAAAUAUUGGUGAAAUUUAUGGAAAAUAUUCCAGAGAUCAGCAAGUGCAAGUCCAGGGAGAAUCUGUAAGGGCACGUUUUUAUGAUUAUCCAGCUGGUCCUUUUACUCCCUGGACAAAUGUAAAAGAAUAUUCAGUAAGGGACUAUUUUCAAAGCCUUGAGACCAUUAAGCAGAUAGACCAGAAAGACCAGGUGCGUUGCAUACCUUCUAGAGAAAAAAUUCCCAGAUUUGUGCGUGGUGCUUCAAGAACCAUAAAAACCAACAAGCCCAUCAGGGCUGAAUUCAUACAAUGUCAGGCUGAAGGGAAAGAGAAACAUGUAAGUGAAAAAUCAAAGCUGCACCAAGCAGAGGGUACUGUUUAUCCAUUUGUUGAUGAUUUCAGUGAUAUCACUAUUAAGAAAGACGUAGGAAACAAUUUUGGAAAACUUGGUAGAUCAGAAAAGGAAAAUGUACAAGAAUAUGCCCAAAGUGACUAUUUACCAAAUAUUCACUCUGAGAGAAUUUCUGACAGUUACAAUACAAAAGAUUCAUCUGCCGUUGCAUAUGAAGAAUCCCUUGGUGAAGAGAUACACUACCCGGGGAAAAAGGUGAAGCAUAGAAUUACCGAAUUUGAAAAAUUACAUGUAGAAAAAAGAGUUCUAGAAAAAAGACCUACCAGAACAUCAUUUGUUAAUCCUCCUCAAAAGAAGAUUGAUGACAAAGCCUUUUCAUUAAAGCAAAGAGAAUCAAGAUCAAGUAAUCUAAAUGCAAAUAUGUGUCAGGCAGAGAAAAUGUCUCCAAAUACUGAAUCAAAUUCAUCUAACAUUGCAAUAAAUUUAAAGCUGCUUUCCUCUCAAACUCAUAAGGAAUCUGAAGCACAUGAAAGGCAACAACAGGAAAAAAUAAGUCUUAUAGAUAAACCUGCAAUUUCUAAAAGAGUUGAACAUGAAUCACCUAUUACAUUUGACUUAAAGCAGUUUCACACUCAAAUAAAACACACAGAUGUGAAAUUCCAAGAAUUAGAUAGUAGUCAACCAGAAGAAGCUUAUUUUAAAAUCCAACAUCCUGCUUCCGUAACAGCUGACACUGAGAACAUUGUGUUUGAUCUAAAACAAAUGUAUUCUCAUAUAGGAGAUCCAGCUACGGAGUUUCAAGGGCAAGAAACUAGGGAACAGCAGGAAAUACAUUAUAAAGAAAAAAUUCCUAGCCCUGAAACAUUACAACCUGAUACACAGAGUAUCUCUAAAAAUGUGCAAAAUAAUGUAUUUGCCAGUCAAGAAAUUUCUUCCAGUCAGGAGCUUUCAUAUAGAACUAUAGUGGAGAAAAGUAGUAUUGAUGAAAAUUCCAUUUCUUUAGAAAAAGAAGUCCGACAUGUACAGGAACAAAACUUAGACAUUUUAAAAACUGAUCUUUCUCUUAAAUCCUUUUCUGAAGAAAUCUAUAGUGAAUCAUGUGCCCUAUUUCCAACCUCAUCUGCAGAUAUAGAAGAAACUGAUCUUUCUGAGAAAAAUAGUUCUCUAGAAAAUGGAGACAGAAGUUUCAUCUCACAUUUGAAAAAAGCAGUAAGUGAGGAAAAGCCUUUAGAGGUUGGUGAAAUGGAAGAAGAAUGCACUCUAGAACCAGAGGUGGCAUCAUUUCCAAAGCAGGAUGGUGGGGCAGAGGCAUAUACAGAUGUCACUUUGGAAGACCACAAAGGUGAUAUUCAGGAGGCUGACAUACUCCAUAGACACCUCUCCCUGAGUCAGUGCUUCCCAUUCUUGAUGACUGAAGAAAAACAGAAUCCAGGUGAACAAAUAAUUACAAACAUUGAUGCCUCUGGAGAAGAAAAAUGUUAUGAAGAAGUCCAAGUUCAAAAUGAAACUUCUUUCUCCACUUUAGGAGAAAUGAUAGAAACUAGUUUUUCUCAAAAUAUUCCUAAAUUAGAUGAGGCACAUACCACUGAGGUAGUGGAAUCUGAGACCUCCCUAGCACAAUAUUUACUUGCUGCUGGAAAGCGUGAGGUUCCUGAAACUAAAGACACCAGAGACCAGGCAAAGCUUGUCCAGAGUGAAUCAAUCACUUCAAUGGAGGUGGAAGAAGUAACUUUCAACACUGUGUACGAAUACUACAACCAGAAACAGGAAUCACUAGGUCGUCCAUUUUCUCCUGAGUCUGACAUUUCCGUUGGUGUGGGAAGUACAACUAGUGAAGAAAUAUCUGAGUUAGAUCAGUUUUAUACCCCACCAUCGUCUGUUGAAUAUUUUGAAUCUCCAAAGUCCCCUGACUUAUAUUUUAAUCCUUCAGAUGUAACUAAACAGUCCUCAAUAUAUUCAGGAGGUGAGACAGUUGAAAGAUAUUCCACACCUUUAGGGGAAGUUGCUGAAAGAUAUUCAACACCUUCCGAAGGUGAGAUAGGAGAAAGAUACUCCACACCCCCAGGGGAGACACUAGAGAGAUACUCCACACCCCCAGGAGAGACUCUAGAGAGAUACUCCACACCUCCAGGAGAGACUCUAGAGAGAUACUCCACACCCCCAGGAGAGACUCUAGAGAGAUAUUCCACACCCCCAGGGGAGGCACUAGAGAGAUAUUCUAUUCCUACUGGAGGACCAAACCCCACUGGUACUUUUAAAACAUAUCCAUCAAAAAUAGAAAGGGAAGACAGUACACCAAAUGAGCAUUUCUACACACCUACAGAAGAGAGAGGUUCAGCUGACGAAAUAUGGCGUUCCGAUUCAUUUGGCACACCCAAUGAAGCCAUUGAGCCAAAAGACAAUGAAAUGCCUCCAUCUUUUAUUGAACCUCUGACCAAAAGGAAGGUGUAUGAAAACACAACACUAGGCUUCAUUGUUGAAGUUGAAGGUCUUCCAGUUCCUAGUGUGAAGUGGUAUCGAAAUAAAUCUUUACUAGAGCCAGAUGAAAGAAUCAAAAUGGAAAGGGUGGGUAAUGUGUGUUCACUGGAAAUUUCAAACAUUCAAAAAGGAGAAGGGGGAGAGUACAUGUGUCAUGCUGUAAACAUCAUAGGGGAAGCAAAGAGCUUUGCAAAUGUAGACAUAAUGUCCCAAGAAGAAAGAGUGGUGGCACUCCCACCUCCAGUAACACAUCAGCAUGUCAUGGAGUUUGAUUUGGAAAACACCACAUCAUCAAGAACACCUUCUCCUCAAGAAAUUGUCCUGGAAGUUGAAUUAAGUGAAAAAGACGUUAAAGAAUUUGAGAAGCAGGUGAAAAUAGUGACAGUUCCUGAAUUUACUCCUGACCAUAAAAGUAUGAUUGUGAGUCUAGAUGUUCUUCCAUUUAAUUUUGUAGAUCCAAAUAUGGAUUCAAGGGAGGGAGAAGACAAAGAACUAAAAAUUGAUUUAGAAGUAUUUGAAAUGCCUCCUCGCUUUAUAAUGCCUAUUUGUGAUUUUAAAAUUCCAGAAAAUUCAGAUGCUAUGUUCAAAUGUUCAGUCAUAGGCAUCCCUACUCCCAAAGUUAAGUGGUAUAAAGAAUAUAUGUGUAUUGAGCCAGAUAACAUUAAAUAUGUGAUUAGCGAGGAGAAGGGAAGUCACACUCUUAAAAUUAGAAAUGUCUGUCUUUCUGAUAGUGCAACAUACAGGUGCAGAGCUGUGAAUUGUGUAGGAGAGGCUAUCUGUCGGGGAUUCCUCACCUUGGGAGAUUCCGAAAUACUUGCUAUGAUAGCAAAGAAAAGCAAAGUGACUUUAAGCAGUUUGACAGAAGAAUUGGUCUUAAAGAGCAAUUACACAGAAAGUUUUUUUGAAUUUCAGGUGGUGGAAGGGCCUCCCAGGUUUAUCAAAGGUAUUUCUGACUGUUAUGCACCAAUAGGUACAGCAGCAUAUUUUCAGUGCUUAGUUCGUGGCUCUCCAAGACCCACGGUUUACUGGUACAAAGAUGGGAAAUUGGUCCAAGGAAGAAGGUUCAGUGUUGAGGAAAGUGGCACAGGGUUCCACAACCUGUUUAUAACAAGCUUAGUAAAGAGUGAUGAAGGAGAGUACAGGUGUGUAGCUACAAACAAAUCAGGAGUGGCUGAGACCUUUGCAGCACUCACCUUAACUUAAAAUGUAAUGUUUUAGUGCCUCAGUAAUUAUUAGAAUUGAUCUGAGUGCUUUCAUAUUUUCCAAAUUAUAUGGAUCUAAUAAACUUCCAAACAGGUCCACUAUAUUUGAAUUCAUUAUCUUGGAGACUGCUGGAGAAAUAACCUCUGUGUAGAAAUCUCAUCUUUGUAACACAUGUAAAUAUUUUGUUAUCUGAACUGUGGAAUCAUCACUUGAGUCAAUCAUGCUGUGUAACAUGAAAUACAAUUAAAUCUCUUCUUGGCUACCUAAUUAUUUGUACUUCUAUUUACCCUCAUGCCUCCUCCACAAAGUGUUUCAGUGGAAUGGACUCUCUUUUAGCAGAUAAACCAUAUAUGCAAAAGUACAAUGUAAACGUGGAGACUAUAUCAGAUGACCACGCAGACAAAUUGGUAAGGGCAAGUCUCCACUCUGCUCCCAUUCUAAGUUAUUUUUGGAAUUGUAACCCCUUUGCAUCCAAACCCAUGUUUAUUUACUUCGACUUAGAAUAGGCAAAACAAACAACAAAAACCAGCUUCUCCCAAUUGGCAAGUAACUCUAUAAUCUGUUUGCCGUUUCAAUCUUAAUAUAUUAACUUCAUCUCUUUAAAAAAUAUUUUCAUCAUUAGUAUUCCUCUACAUAAGUGCUUUAAUUCUCACUGGCUUCAAGGGACCAAUUGUGCUCUUUGUGCGCAGGAUUCACCUAGACAUCUGCAGAAUAAGCAUAUAAAGAUCUUUCCACUUUUGGAGACACCUUAUUUUUCUCAGUUUUUGAGAUGACAUCAAGUGUAAAAUGCAGCAAUAAUUUAGUAUUGGCCUGGGGAAAAAAAGGGAAACUAUCACAUUGUGUUUACAUGUAGAUUUUAAAACUGUAUUCUGAUUUCAGAAUCUUUAAAAUUAAAAAAAAGGUGGGAUAUUUUUAGAAUUUAGUCAAUAUGGCAGUUUGUAUUUCAGAUUAUAUGUAAAUAACAAGAUAUCAAGCUUUCCUAUUAGUUUCACUGAAUUUCAUCUUUAAAAUGAAUAUAGCUUAAUAAGCAUUCAAUUUUUAUUAUGAUGUUUAUGUUUCUAAAGUAACUCUUUAAUUUUGUCUUUUAAAAUUAAAAUAACAGUAAAUUAGCAUACUCCUUAAUAUCUUCCCUAUAUACUAACAUGGACCUAAGUCUUCUCAUAUAAGACUCGACAAAUAUAAACAAAUUAUGAAAAUGAAGGGUAGGAACAAAAGACCUUAGAGGCAAUCAUUCAACAAUAGAGUUCUGUGUCAUCCUAAUAGUAAUUAUUCUUAAUACAAUUUAGAAUAAACUUUAAUUUUGUAACAAAGGACGAGAGAAAGAAUGCUACAAUGAGAGAUAAAUUUUAUCUCCUUCCACCUCUUAAAUUACUUAUUAUUACUAAAUAGCUAUAUUUUCACCUGCGUUCAGCAAUACUUAAGUACCAUGAUCAUAUUUAAAAUAUUAAUUUUAAUUUAAUUUGAAAUAUAAACACUUUAAUUUUCCAAAGAAUUCAUAUCCAAUUAUGUUUAUUAUGUUUCCUUCAUCUAUCAAUCUUUAUUCUCAACAUAGGAAUUCUCUAACAGCUAUCCAAAUUAAAGAAGCAAUAGAGACAAUGUACAGAAAGUAGGCAGAGCAGUCAGGUUUCCCCUGCCUUCCUCACAAAAAAAAAUUUUGAUUUAUCUGUUUGAGCCACCAUAACUCAUCAGCGUAGAUAUACUAUUGUGGAACAAUCAUUCCUGUUCCAACCAGUGAGCACACAAUAUCUGUGAUAAUAAUUAUAGACAUAAUGUAAUGUAUCACAUCACAAAUUCCUGAAAUAAAACUAAUUCUGUAGAUUAGGAACUUAGGGAUUUAUUCUGUGCUUAGUCACGUGAUGCAUGUUAAAAUUAAUGAGAAACUCAGAUUGAAGCAAACAUGACAAGCAUGCUUUACUCAAUCAUCAUACAGCACAGCAACAGUUCAAACCUUGUUUCUUAAAAAAAAAAAAAAAAA